UUUGAGAACUGAGAUAUUACAAUUUUACAACACUCAUACUGAGAUGGUGAAAUUCAUUACCGCUUUAGAAUCACAGAUAUAACAAACAACCUGGGCACGGACUCUGUCGUCUCUUCCGAGUUCCGGCAGCACUCAGAGAGCAUCGUGAGAAAUGGCUUAUACUGCUUCCCCGCCGUUGUUGUCGUUUAUGAAUCCUCAACUUCUUAAGGAUCACUCGUCUUUCAAUUUCUACUCCAAUCGUCUUCUUUUACCAACAAGGUUAGUUCAGCAAAAAAGAAGCCACUCAGUAAACACUCGAUACCGUAUUAUUAAUUGUAGACAUGCCAAGGUCAAAGAGUCUCCUUCGGCCAACCUUGCUGCAAUGAUGAGGGAACCACACAAGUACUUUGAUCAAGUCAUCAUAACAGUUCGUUCUGGAGAUGGAGGCCAUGGAGCGAUUCUUAGCAUGCCCAACCAAAAGUCUGAUUCAAAAUCACAAGAAAAAAAUAACCAGGGGAGGAGGAAAAAGAGUUUGUAUAAAAGGGACUUUGAUGGGUCACUUAUCCUCCCUAUGGGUGGACAUGGGGGAGAUGUAGUUAUUUAUGCAGAUGAGAGUAAAGAUUCAUUGCUGGAAUUUCACAAGAAGAGUCGUUACAAUGCAAAGCGCGGGGGAAAUGUUGAUGCAAUGGGUGUAUUGACCUCCCAACUGCAUGAUGGAUUUGCUGCACCCACACUCCGUAUCCCUGUUCCAGUAGGUACAGUUGUAAAGCGUAAGAGAGGAAUGUUUCUGGCUGAUUUAGCACGCCCAGGUGAUGAAAUUCUAGUUGCAAGAGGUGGACAUGGAGGGAUCAGUUUGCUGGAAAUGCCUGAACAUAAAAGGAAAAAAAUAAUGGCUUUAACUACUAAUGUUGUGAGAGAUGACAGUGAUAAGGUUUUAGUUCUUGGUCAACCUGGUGAGGAGGUUAGUUUGGAGUUGAUACUAAGAGUAGUUGCUGAUGUUGGCUUAGUGGGGCUUCCAAAUGCUGGAAAAUCAACUCUGUUGGCAGCCAUAACACUUGCAAAACCUGAUAUUGCUGAUUAUCCAUUCACAACUCUAAUGCCAAAUCUUGGACGCCUUGAUGGUGACCCUAGUUUAGGAGCACUGAAGUAUUCAUCUGAAGCAACAUUAGCAGAUUUGCCUGGUCUCAUUGAGGGUGCGCAUCUAGGAAAGGGUCUUGGUCGAAAUUUCCUGAGGCACCUAAGAAGAACCAGACUAUUGGUUCAUGUUGUUGAUGCAGCUGCUGAGGACCCUGUGAAAGAUUACAGAACUGUUAAAGAAGAGUUGCGGAUGUACAAUCCUGAGUACCUUGAACGACCGUAUGUUGUAGUGUUAAAUAAGAUUGACCUUCCACAGGCAAUGGAUAGGCUGUCAUCUUUGAUUCAAGAAAUAUCAAAGAUUGGAUGUGAUGAGGCACCUUCUGAGCCAGAAAAAAAUUCUGAGGAAGUGGUCCAGGCACUGUCAUUUAAGAGUGAACAAGCAAACAAACAUUCUUUUGGGUCACUCAAUGGAAACAGAAAGGAAAAAGAAGUCGAUGAAUAUCCACGUCCUCUUGCUGUUGUGGGUGUUAGCGUUUUGAAAGGCAUGAGAAUCGAUGAGAUGUUGAGGGAGGUACGAGCAGCCCUAAGAAAGUGCCAACCUUCUGAUAAUGCUUUGGAAUUGAGCAGUGUAUGAGACCGUUGUUGCUCAGGUUGUAAACUAAGUUCCAUUGUUGUCUGAUGCCAGAUCAAGCGAUUUUUUUGGUGCGUAGAUUGAGUACAUUCGGAUUCGGUUCGGCCAAGUCACAGCAAUGCUUGCAUGAAACAAGCUCACUAACAGUCUAAUACGAGAUCACAAUAUACGCGUCUGAAGCUAAUUUGGCUCUCCAGCCUCCCGCAAACUAGCAAGACUGUUAGAACUUAAGAUGCAUCUGAUCAACCAAAGUUAAACCAUGUCUUUUGACGUUUGUAUCACUAAUUAGCUGCUUACGGCUUCCCCCAGUUGGUUCCUUGCAAGUAUAGCAUUCGUAGCCUGUAACAUAGUGUUAUUUACAUGCAUGAGCAAGAGCACAACAUGAAGGAGAUUUACUGUGACAUACUAAUAAAGACCGUUCUGAUUUCUGAUAAUAUUAUCAUUUUACCAUACGUUCUGCAA